CAUCUUGGCCCACUACUUGUCUUGCUGUGAAUGUCCCACCAACCUCUCGCUAUCCCGCUCUCGUUUCUCACAUUAAUACAAUUUCUCUUCUCACUCUUUUCUCUCUGUUUUCUAUACUUGAACACAUCUCCUAUUCCCUCGUUGCCUCUUCAAUUUUCUCUAUUGUACACCACAACAACACACCCACCAACUCUCUCCCAACCAUGUCCUCCACCGACGAAAUCUCCACCAACGACAACCAAUUCAUCAUCGAAUGUCUCAAGAACCUUGACGAAGACAGGCUGAUCAACCUCAACAAAGUCGCCGAAACUCUGGGCUACAGCAACAUCUUCUCCGCCGGCAACCGUCUCCGCAGCCUACGCAACCGCUAUGGCUUCGCCAACUUCGAGGGCAAAACGAUCACCGGUAAGGCUGUUGCUGGCGAGGGAGCGGGAAUCCCAGCCCCGGCCCCAGCUCCGGAAAAGAAAAGGGGUCGUCCUCGUGUGAAGAACGUUGCUCCUAAGGGCGAUAUCGCUGUCGAGGUUACCAACAAGCGUAAGCGCGACGAUGACAGCAACAACAACAACAACAACAAUAACAACGAGGAGAACAACGGUGGCGCCCCCAAGAAACCCUCCCAUCGUCGCCGCAAACCCGCCUCUACUGCUACCACUACCGCUGAAAGUGAAGCUACCACCAACGGUCUCGGUCACGUCCACGGUCCAGCAGGCGGAAAUGACGACAACAACAACAGCGGACAGGAGGAAGCUGGAUACGCCGAGUAGACGGAUCUUCCGCAUCGCAGCACAGACAAUUGGAAGGGCGAGGUCGGAACGACGGAGGUUAUUGAAUGGGGAGACGAUGAGGUCGGGGUUGAAGUUGGUUUUCAAGUUG